CUGAAACGACGAAUGAAAACCGAACACCCUACCCAAACAAAGCAAAUGACAAAAAACUCGUGUAAUCAGACAGAUAAAGACGCGCUUUCAAAAUAUUAAACGAUUUUUAGUUAGAUUUUUUAACAUUUUGGCUGUGAAAUAAGUGAGGAAAAUGACUGAAAACAACUCAAAUGAUACUGCUGAUGCUUGGGGUACGAUUGGGGAUCGAGGUGUGCAACAAACAAAGGUUGCACGUAUGCCUGUUGAACGAUAUGCGUCCGAAUAUAAUAUGAAUCAUUCGAAACGGGGCAUUGCGAUGAUUUUCAAUCACGAAAUCUUCGAAAUACCAUCGUUGAAACCAAGAGCUGGAACGAACGUCGAUUGUGAUAAUUUGUGCAAGGCCUUGGCUCAAAUUCAUUUCGAUGUGAAACUGUACAAGGACUUGCGAUUGAGAGAUAUGAUGCAACGUAUCGAGGAAGUGUCGAAAUGGGAUCACAGCGAUGAGGACUGCAUUCUUAUAGCCAUUUUAUCGCACGGUGAAAUGGGAUACAUUUACGCUCGUGACUGCCAAUAUAAAUUGGAUAACAUUUGGGGCUACUUUACGGCUACACAAUGUCCGACACUGGCAGGCAAACCAAAGCUAUUCUUCAUUCAAGCCUGUCAAGGUGAUCAGUUAGACGCUGGCGUAACAUUGAUCAAUCGAACCGAAACCGAUAGCGGCGACUAUGCGAUGAGUUACAAAAUUCCGAUUCACGCCGAUUUUUUGAUUGCCUACUCGACCAUUCCAGGAUUUUAUUCGUGGCGCAAUACAACAAAGGGCUCGUGGUUCAUGCAAAGUUUGUGCCAUGAACUGAAUAAAAAUGGAAAGAAAUACGACAUUUUGACCCUGCUAACAUUCGUAUGCCAAAGAGUUGCUGUUGAUUUCGAAUCCAACUCACCGGACAACCCGAAUAUGCAUCAACAGAAGCAAAUUCCUUGCAUCACCACGAUGCUGACACGAAUUUUGCGAUUCACCGAUAAGUAAAUGUUGGUCCACCUUCGGUCCACAUCUUCUUCAGCACAAACAUUUUUUCCAACGAUGAUCAACGUUUUCUACAAAAAUUUAUUGACUCUAGCUAUUAAGAUAAGGUUUUCUUUUGAUAAAAUAGGCCAAUCCAUCCUUCUACUACUUAUGUAAGAACGUACUGAGCGUUUUCUUAAUUUUACUUACAAAAAAUCUUUUUUUUAAAAUUAAUUUUAAUUUUAAAGUCAAAGUGUCUCGGAUCUCUCCUAGUAUUUUAAAGGCUCAUAUUACUAUCGGGAUGCGUAUUGACAUCUUGUCAGUUUAAUAUAUUGUGUCGAUGAAGUCGAUUUUACAUCAUCAAUUUAUCGGUCUUUAUUCCGAUAGUAGACAAGAGGAAAUUAGAACAAUUUGAAUUGUAAGGCUGAUGCGCGGAUGUGAUUGCCUUUAUUCACGUUUCAAGGAUGCUUACACAUUUAUUCUUUACAUUUUUAACUCAAUGUAUUAACGGAUCGUUUUCAAUUUGCAUUUUGAUUUUUCUACUUUUAUAGAAUUGUAUAUAUUCAAGGAACAUUGAAUAUGGUUUAGGGAAUAAUUUGUGUCCCGAUCUAUUUUUGCGCGCAUUUGUGAAUCUAAAUUCUAUUCGGUGGCCAUUUCUUACCGCAAGUUGAACAAAUUAUAUUUUAAGAGCAAUUUAUUUUUCUACACACAAAAUGUAUUUGUAAGUUAAAUAGAGCGAAACUUUACAUGAAAUUUAUUUCAGCUGUUUUCCCGCUAAGUCAGUUAUGGUUGCCAUUUCUAUGAAUGCAUUGAUUUGUACUUAUACGGACUCAUGCAUACCGUAUUAGCGUAGCACAUCCGUAUAGAUAUGGUCAUAUCCGAGGUCAGUUCAAUGCAUUUACAGAAAUGUUGAUCAGCUGACGGCUGAUCAGCUGCAUUUCGAUUCUGCCUAAUGUCCACUUAAAACAAAAAAUUUGUUCUUGUAAAUUUUUUGAGAAAUAAAAAUGAUGACAGAAAAUCGCUCUUUCUCAA